AUGGCCAACCCCAGCCCGGCGCUGCAGGCCCUUCAGAGGAGACUUAUGAAAGACUUGACCGCGCCGAUAGUCAAGUUCUUCCGAGCCGUGGAGGGUUACCAAGGUGACGUCAUCCGCCGUUACCAAGGGGAAAACCGCCGUUUCCGUGAGAAGAACCGCCGUUUCCAUGAGAAGAACCUCCGUUACCAGGAGGAGAACCGUCGUUACCAGGAGGAGAACCACAGUUACCAAGAGGAGAACCUCCGUUACAAAGAGGAGAUCCGCCGACACCAAGAGGAGAACUGCCGUAACCAAGAGGAGAACCUCCGUUACAAAGAGGAGAACCUCCGAGGAGAACCUCCGUUACAAAGAGGAGAACCUCCGUUACAAAGAGGAGAUCUGCCGACACCAAGAGGAGAACCUCCGUUACCAAGAGGAGAACCUCCGUUACCAAGAGGAAUCCGCCAUUACCAAGAGGAGAUCAGCCGUUACCAAGAGGAUAACCGCCGUUACCAAGAGGAGCACCGCCAACACCAAGAGGAGAACCGCCAACACCAAGAGGAGAACCUACAGUACCAAGAGGAGAACCGCCGCUACCAAGAGGAGAACCUAAUUUACCAAGAGGAGAUCCGCCAUUACCUAGAGGAGGACCGCCGACACCAAGAGGAGAACCGCCGCUACCAAGAGGAGAACCUAAUUUACCAAGAGGAGAUCCGUCAUUACCUAGAGGAGGACCGCCGACACCAAGAGGAGAUCCGGAAUUACCAAGAGGGGGACCUCCGACACCAAGAGGAGAAACGCCGCUACCAGGAGGAGAAACGCCAACACCAAGAGGAAAACCGCCGACACCAAGAGGAGAAGCACCGUUACCAAGAAGAGAUCCGCCGUUACCAAGAGGAGAUCCGCCAUUACCAAGAGGAGAUCCGCCAUUACCAAGAGGAGGACCGCCGACACCAAGAGGAGGACCGCCGACACCAAGAAGAGGACCGCCGACACCAAGAGGAAGACCUCCGACACCAAGAGGAGGACCUCCGACACCAAGAGGAGGACCACUGUUACCAAGAGGAGAACAGACGUUACCAAGAGGAGAACAGACGUUACCAAGAGGAGAACAGACGUUACCAGGAGGAGAACCACCGUUACCAGGAGGAGAACCGACGUUAUCAGGAGGAGAACCGACGUUACCAAGAGGAGAACCGCCGCCUGCGCCGCCUCCUGAAGGGAGUGAGCUCCUCGGAGAUGAAAGAUUGUAACAAAUCAACUUCUACUGUCGGAGAGCAAACACUGAAGCGCGACGCUCCCGUCGAGCCAGAAUUAGCAGAGCCUCUGAUGAAAAAGGCUAAAACGGAGCAGACCGAACAAUUGACCUCUGGUGCAUCUGAGCCACUGACGGCUGAAGAAGUUUUGCAGCCAACCGGUAUUGUCCCUAAAGAGAAGCCAACCGGUGUUGUCCUUAAAGAGAAGCCAACCGGUGUUGUCCUUAAAGAGAAGCCAACCGGUGUUGUCCUUAAAGAGAAGCCAACCGGUGUUGUCCUUAAAGAGAAGCCAACCGGUGUUGUCCUUAAAGAGAAUCCAACCGGUGUUGUCCUUAAAGAGAAGCCAACUGGUGUUGUCCCUAAAGAGAAGCCAACAGUUAUUGUCCCUAAAGAGAAGCCAACAGUUAUUGUCCCUAAAGAGAAGCCAACCGGUAUUGUCCCUAAAGAGGAGCCAACAGAAAUGUCUGUGUCGCAUGUGGUAGCUUUAUCAGAGACAUGUCUUAAAGUACCUGAAGAGUAUCCAACAGAAAUGUCUGUGUCACAUGUGGUAUCUUUAUCAGAGACCUGUCCUAAAGUACCUGAAGAGGAGCCAACCGGUAUUGUCUCUAAAGAGGAGCCAACAGAAAUGUCUGUGUCACAUGUGGUAUCUUUAUCAGAGACCUGUCUUAAAGUAUCUGAAGAGGAGCCAACCAGUAUUGUCCCUAAAGAGGGGCCAACCCGCAUUGUCUCUAAAGAGGAGCCAACAGAAAUGUCUGUGUCGCAUGUGUUGUCUUUAUCAGAGACCUGUCCUAAAGUACUUGAAAAGAAGCCCACUGGUAUCGUCUCUAAAGAGGAGCCAACAGAAAUGUCGGUGUCGCAUGUGUUGUCUUUAUCAGAGACCUGUCCUAAAGUACUUGAAAAGAAGCCCACUGGUAUCGUCUCUAAAGAGGAGCCAACAGAAAUGUCCGUGUCGCAUGUGUUGUCUUUAUCAGAGACCUGUCCUAAAGUACUUGAAAAGAAGCCCACUGGUAUUGUCUCUAAAGAGGAGCCAACAGAUAUGUCCGUGUCGCAUGUGUUAUCUUUAUCGGAUACCUGUCCUAAAGUACCUGAAGAGGAACACAUAGAAGUGUCCGAGUCCUGUGCAUUUGAACCAUUGGCUAAAAAGCCUGAUGGCUCUGAUGACAAAGAGAAAGACACCAAAAGGCUUGAGGACAACAUCACCAGCCCACUACAGGAUACUACUUCUGGGAACAUCAACACAACCCCAGAAAUCCCUCAGCCAAGAUGUAGUAAGAAACUCGACAACGUUGGAUCUCUGAAACCACCCAAAACUUCAGACACAAAGACAGUGGAAGACACUUUGCAGAAGACAAUCUACAAGUUUCCAAGGAGGAAGCCCGACGAGCGCUAUGGUGUUCUUGCUGACUCACCUGACUGCCCGCGUUUUUUGCAGACACCUUUCCAAGACUGCAAGAACUUGCCUGAAAACAAGAAACCUCUGUUUGCCAAAGUUAUUACCAAUGAGAACAUGGGACUAAUACACAGACCUGGAAAUGAUGCCAGCCAGUCGUCAAGAGGGGACUUCACAUAUCACAGUGAUGCUCCCGAUUGGCCGCAGAUGCCUUUGAAGGAUCACGCUUUGAAGCCAGUGAUGUGUAUUCCAGAGAUCAGUACCGGAGAGCCGAAGAAGAGACAAGUCAUUAAUUGUGAUGCUGAGCACAAGGAGGCGACCGAGCGACAGCAGAAGCUUUCAGGACAGAGUCACUCAAAGCUCAUGAUUUUGAAAACGGCCAAAGAUAACAUUUCAAGCGCACAAGAGGAGGAGCAAAUGAAAAUCCAAGCUCUUGGCGAGUACUGUCGCAGCGUAUGUGUCAACUGGUCCCCCUGUUCUCUGGUUAAACACGCAGAUGCCGCAUGGCUGGCAGCCUUGCCGCACGGCAUGGUGUACGACCCCAAAGAGACUCCCAAUUUUGGACUGGUCCACGUCAGCUGCUCCAGCCUCCAGAGUUACAUGGCCUGCUCCUUUUUGAGUUUCCAGGACGGAACGGUGCGCCUGAAAACCUUAGACAACCUCUACUGGAACAUCCAGGGAGAGAUAAUGGUGACGGGUGUUUCGUGGUGCGACCUGGUGGUGUUUGCCAAAGAUGACAUGCUGGUUCAGAGAAUUUACCGGGACAGAAGCAGCAUCGAGAGCCUGAAGAAAAAGUUGGAUGUUUUUUAUUCCCAGUUCUAUCUGCCAAGUAUUUCCAAGACCUGACUGCAUUUUUCAGUCAUUCGCUCAGGAUUGUCCUGGUCAAAGUUAUUCAGUUGAUCUCAGGUUUAUGCUACUGAGAUCUGAACAAGCUAAGUCUCUGAGCAUGAACUGAUGAAGUCUACUCGGAUAAGAGGCAAAAUAAACGGUCAAGUUGCAGUCGGUUGAAGGCCCUUAGAUGACAAUGGCCUAGAUGAAGGAGAAUAUCCAUAGACAGUUCCUCAGGUUGCUAACAAAACCGUAUAUCAGGUGUACAAGCUGUUUCCAGUGUGAAGGGCGCAAGGAAACCACUAUGAUACAUUCCGUACAUUAAGGACGAUAAAAUCAAACCAACGUACGUCAAUGUAUGCUAAGCUACGUGAAGAAAACAUCAGCGUUAGCUUUGUGGCGCAGGGCUCUAAAUGAGUUGCGGGACAUAGGCUUUGUUUACGUGGUUGUACUCAACCAGCGGUGUUGUAAGAGAGAGCAACAAACCGGAUUAAAAUGGAUCGUACGAAUGGAAAAAAAGCUCGGGACUUUACCGAAACAAAGUGGAGCCUGUUCCAAAGUACAGCUGGUGGAAUUGAUCCGUAUGAGUGUGUCCAGUAGACGAGAUUCAAGCAAGCCGCCGAACGUGUCCUGUGUCUCAGUUUUUACACGGGCCAAACAUUCUGGAUUGCCUCACGGCUCACAGACAAAAUAACUUUGGGUGUGUGCAAGAGCUCGGAAAGGUUUCCAUAGGUCAGUCAACAGGACUUAACUGAGUGGUGUGUCCUGGGAAAAUGUGUUUCAAACCAAAUCUAGUCUAAAGAAGACUGUGCAUGACUAUGUGAACUAUUUAAGUCUUCUCAAUUAUUGAUCUAAGAAUAGGGGCAUUUUCCCCAAAUACUGUUCAUUGUUUGUAACCCGCAGCUAACUAAGUUAACACUAACAUCCUACGAAAUCAGACCUGGGCAAAGUAAGGCCCGUUAAGCUUUUCAAUCUGGCCCACCGGACAUUCCUUGUUUUAGAUCUUUGAGAUAGAACCUGCAGCUGCCAUUUUAAUGUGCAUUCAUGUUUUCAAAUUACAGUAAGUCUUGAACCAUAAAAAGUAUUUAGAUGGUUGGAAUCUGUGCCUUCGCAUGAUAUACUAGUUACUAUGGUAAUGUGAGUCACAGCAGCUCAGACGAGGUACCAAGAAGUGUGGGCGGGGAGCGUUUCCACAGAGUGUUUCUAGAGCCUGAAAUGUGGCUGUCGGGGACAGACGUGGACGGAGGUUUUUACGAUAAAGUUCUAAAGUGUCGUGAUAUAUCAGAUUUUAGGUGGGUUUUAUUUUUGCCUUCAAGUUCAUAUUUCACUGUUUGUUGCAUUUUAUUUGCAUUUCACUUGAUUGUAAAAUGUGUGGAUGGAGAGGGGGUGUGACGUUCUUAUGUUGUCAAUAUUCACCGUUUUUUCCUUCGUAGUUAAUAUUGUAACAUUCUUUAUUUUCAUCUACAUUCUGAGUGUCUCUUUCAGUAAAAACAUUUUUAAAUUCCA